AUGCUUCUUUUCCUGGCGCUUCCCGUAUUUGUUUUUGCUGCGGAUGAAGUGGGGAUGAAAUCCUCAGUUGUCCACCUUCUGCAAAACUUUCCGGAUCUCCAAAGUACGCUAGCGGCUCUACCAAAGGAAUGCACCAAAAAUGGAAAAACAUACAAGGAGGGAGAAGAGUUCAGUAUCGGAAACCUGCGAUAUAAAUGCCAGCCGCAUGGCGUUUAUACGAUUGAAGGAUGCGUCACGGAUCAUAAAGAAAAUUUGAAGAUUGGAGAAGUUGUCGUCAAAAACAACACCAAAUCACAGUGCUUAGGCGCUGGAAGUCAAGUGUUUUAUAGAGAGACUAUUUGCGGUAUUUUGGGUAUGCCAGAAUGUGAUAAAGUAGGCCCACCUAAGCGCUAUGAGGAGGCGUUGAAAAAGGCUUCAGAAAACACUGGGAAAACCAAAGAAAUCUCAAUGCCUGGCCUUCCACCAGGCUGGAAGGUCGUCGAUCAAACUCGACAACCUAUUCCUGGCACAAACAAAGGAGUACUGUCUCAUACGCUCGUAUUCGAACCACAGGCGACAGGCGGCUCAAGUAGAGUCCGUCGACAAACUGGAAGAGGAGUUCCUAUCCUUGUUGCUGAGGUGGAUGUUGGAACUGAUAAGCCACCCAUGCCCUUGAGUGUGGCUAUGGGUGGUAGAAAGAUCACCAAUGCUACUAAAGAGUCUACAACGCCCACAACAGAAUCUAAGAAAGAUCCGAAAUUUUUGUAUACACAAGAUGUAAGACAGACGUUGAAUAUCAAGAAUAAGAACAAUGAAAACGCGGGAAGAGAGAGAAAAGAUGUCAACAGCAGGAUACCACAUAAAUGGGAUGUCAAAGGAACUGUUAUACCUGAACCGGUCGUUCCUUCAUCACGUCCUGGAGGACACUGA